UAAAAUUUAUUCCAUUGGUUUUGCGGUUUUUCCACCGUUCCUCUCUCCACUCUAGAUAAAACCUGAAUGAAAAUUUCCUCCCGGACAUGGCUUCCUGUCAGCAAACAUAAGAGGAUAACGAAAGACUAAGCUUGUUGGCCAUUUAUUUUUAGACGCAUUACAAUGAUUCGUUAGGAGAUCAUUGAUGUUCCGUCCCGUAUUUUAAUGCCCCUCGAGGACAAGAGAAAGUAAUUCACUACUUAAAAGGACAUCAAAAUUCUGCCUUUGUUCUCCUGAGAGACACAGAAAAAGGACACGUUCAGAGUGAAAACUGACUUUAAGCUAACAAAGUUGGGAAGCUAUCUACGUACAACAUCUAAAUACAAUAUAUGGCGAAAACUCAAUUCUUCCCCAUAGAACUGGAGGUUUGCUGUAUAGUAAAUAUGUAGGUAUCGAUCCAGAGAAGAACGAACGAACGACGGUUUUAGCAGACCAGCAUAGUUCCAAAUAAAGAUUGGGAUUGGCUGCAAGGUUUACGUACAUCUGGUCGACUCUGGAACUCCCACACACUUUUCUUCCUCCAGAGCACGUCAUCAGCUCAGGAAUGACAUGGUGAUGCUCUAUUUUUCCUCUCCAGCAAGUAUUGCAACAUUAUUCUGGUCAUGGUCUCUCUUCUCGUGGUGGUGAAAGAAGAUGUGCGUGAUGGCAGUGGUGAAAGUUAUUCUUGGUUUCAGUCCAACUGGCAAUAUUUGUGAUCCGUCAUCCGUGUGGAGAACAUCUCGUUAAACCCUUCUCGUUUCACUACCAGCAGUGCUUUCUCUCUUCCUGUUUUGAAAAUAGUCGACCCCUUCGAGUGGGGGAAGUUGGAUCGCUAUAAUUAAUCUCUAGCUUUGAAUUAAUACGGAAUCGAUAAUAGGCUAGAAAGUUGGUCUACGCAGUGGGACCCACGACCGUUUUCAUGAGGGUUGUUCUGGCCAGUAUAGUUUUUUAAUAUAGUUUUGAGACUGGUAUAGUAAGCGAGCAAGGCUCAAAAAAUUAAGUCUGAGCAGAGAGAUCUGUCUAGAUCUGUCUGGUAGAGAGACCCGACUCAAAUCAUGACUUCAGAACCAGGAGAAAAAGUCGUAUCAUCUUCCUCCCUGCAUUUGGAAAGUCUUGCAAUUUCAACGGAAGAAGACGGAGAUUUGGAGGAGGAGGAAGAAUGGAACGAUUGGGAAGGCACGAAAUCUCGACCAGAACGAUGGGCCCCCUUGGGUGCUAAUGACUCUGACAUUGAGAGGUAUGACGACUACAAGUACGACAAUAGCUCUCCAACCAAGUUUGGCAGUGGCGAGGACGACUUGACAGAUCCGAUCGAAAUUAGAAAAAUGAAGGAAAAUCAUGAGCAGCUCACGUCCGCUUUGUUAGCACUUACGACACAUUUUGCUCAGGUUCAAUUCCGAAUUCAGCAAAUUGUGUCCGCCCCCGUAAAGGAGAAAGAGCACUUGCUUCGUGACCUGGAGGAAUUUACCUUCCGCGGAAUCCCCUCCGCCGUGUCGACCGUGAACAUUGGAACGAUGAAUCUAUCCUGCCACCCGGAUGAUAUCAAGGGGAAAAUCGAACUUCAAAAAGAGCAACAGAAGGACUUAAUUGGACAAUUAAAAACUCAAUUAGAGGAAUUAGAAUCAUAUGCGUAUGAAACUGGAGAUGCUGGUCUUCCACAAAGCGUCCUUUUAGAACAUCAUAAAAUUGUUGUUGAUCAACUCCGAGAAAAAUUAAACUUCAACGUAGACGAGUUAGGACGCGUCAGUGGGGACGACUUAAGAUCACACGUUGAUCAAGCUAUCGAUGAGCUUGUCGGCCCUAUAAAAAUGAAGGAGCAAUUGGUAGAUCAACUUAAAACCCAAAUCUCUGACCUAGAACGUUUCAUUCAGUAUUUGCACGGCGAAGCGACCUGUACCUGCGACUGUCCCAAAUCCUCCAAAAGUGGCAGUGGUAGUGAAAGUGGGGAGAGUAAUUCAAAUUCAAAACCAAAGUGUACUCACUACAGGGAUGAAGAUGAAGAAGAGAUUCGGACAAAAACAGUACAAAUGAUGAAGAAAGCGUUGACACUCAUCCAAAUGUUUGCCGUAGCUCAGUUUGGCUGUUCUAGUAAUCAAUUUGAUAUGAAUUCCUUGAAAAAGAGUCCAAAAGGCAAUCAUUGGGGAGACCUUCGAGCCGCACUUGAAAUGGCAGUGGCCCGAGUCUACAAUUUGGCUCUGCAGUCCGAUCUCCCUGCAGACAGCGACUACACGUCCGACUGUGAAGAAACGUCCACUGUCGUGUCCGUCAUCUGUAAUCAAGUCCUGACCUCAGCAGUUCGCAAAGACUUGGCGACCGCUCUUGGAAAUCUGCUGGAGCAUGGGCUCAUGCACGUGGGCCAGAGUCAGGGUCUUUUGUCCCUAGCAAACUGUUUUUCGUCCCGAAGUUCAGCAGGGAGUGGGUUUCUUACCGCGUGGGAUUUAAUUCUAAAGUAUUAUUCGAUUAAAAACGGGGAAAAGUAUAAUGCCACCGCGGCCAGGAAAUUAUCACAAAGUUUCGCAUUAGAAAUAGUUGGGUCGACAGCAAUCACAAAUAAACAGCUUCUCCUGAGUACCAUCGAUAACAUUAUAUCCAGCCAUAGUCGUUACAAAAGGAGUCCAGAGUCUCAUUUCAAGGCUUUUAUUUGUGCAGCGUUAAACUGCAAGAAACUUGUAAUCUGGAUUCGUCUAAUUGUAAGAACGCAAGAAAUAAUGGAGCAGUAUUAUCAGCCAUGGAGCUACGUCAACAAAAUGGGUUUUGAAGAUGCGCUCAGAUCACUUGAUAAACUCUCAUCCAUAAAUUUCGAUCUUCCCGUGGAUUUGGCAAUAAGACAAUUUCAAAAUAUCAAAGAUGCAUUUCAAUAAUGAAGAAAUUGCAAAAUAUUUUUAUCCUAUCCUAUAAUUGAGUAAUUAUGAUUAAGUAAUUAAUUAAACUUACAACAAUUAGUGCAUAGUUGAUAGAGGAACGUAUAUGUAAUAACACAGUCAAGUACUUACAGAGAACGAGAGAGAAAGAGGUGUGUCUUCUCAUAUCAUAAUAAUAAAAAUGUCUCCAAUAAAAUCGAAUAACACAAA